GAGUAAUACAACCACAAAUCCAAAUAUGGAGUCCAGCGACUCAACAAUAAUUGAUCUUAAAUCUUCCUUCCUACGCGCGCAAAUCUUUGCACUCUCUCAACCUCUCCAGCCAUCUCGAGAAUGGCAAGAUUCGGUAUCGGAGGAAGAUAAUACCUUACGACAACGCGCAAUUGAUGAAGCAUUAUUCAAGCUCAAUACUAUCCUGAAACAACAUAACAAGAUCAGCUACCCCCCGCAGGCACAGCGACAUGUUGCUGAACAAAUCGAUCAAUUAUACUGGGCUGCAGGGGAGAGAGAUGUUAACGUGAAUGGGGAGGAGUGGAAUGAAAAGGGCGCUGACUAUCGCUUGUCAUCUAACAUUGAGAAAUUACCAGAAGAGUGGAGCGAAGAAGCAGAAACAAAAGCACCUAAGCAGGCUGCGAAAUACAAAGAGCUUCAAAGUAAACUGCUGGAAUUAAAUGAUAAACGAAAAGCCGCAAAGGAGAAACUUGAACAAUGUAAAGCUGCCAAGAAACUACUAGGACCCUUUGAUCAAGCGGAAAAGAAUAUUCAAGAAAACAUUGUUACCAAGAACGGGGAGAUCGAGAAAGAAUUAGAGAGGAUGAGGAUGUUGAUGUUGAGAGUUGAAAGAGGUAUCGUAGGGCUAGAGGGGAAAGCUAGGGAGGAUCAUAUGGAUGUUGACUUGGAAGAGGAUGAUAGGGAGAAGCUUAGGUUCUUAGGAAUUACAUAACACAUGGAGAAGACGAGAAACAAAGAGUCUUUGUUGGACAACAAAGCCGUCAAACAUAAUCAAUCCGGCACUUCGCUUUGAUAAGCUUCAAGUGCAUACCGAGCACACUUCUGCCUCGCCCAUUACACUCAAUCUUGUUUUGCCAUCCCAAAUUUUACACAAAAUGAGUCUCUGCCUUCCAUGUACCGAUGUACGAGCUUCGGGAGAGUUCUAGACAGCUGCAUUAAAGCCUGUAGGCUAUAAAACGCACCUUCAAGCUUCUGACAAGAUGUUCUUCAGACCAAGCUUGUCGUUUCACCCUGAACUUUCCUUGAAACGCGACAGGUCUUGUGGGCCAAUUGGAGGGUGGUGCUAUUUUAUCUUCAACGCAGCAUUGAUAUUGACGAUCGCGGAUCUUGUUUAUACGGGGAUAGAUUCGGGGAGUUCAAAAAAGAGAUUAGAGGGCUCUGGACUGCUGGACCUUGAAAGACGAGACAAAAACUCGAGUUCCAGGCUAGCACAUAGAGAUAUGGAUGAAACUUUAGGAUAGUUGUGUGGAGAUUUGGAGAUUUUGGUUGGUUUAAUAGCGACUGGGUUCAAGCCGUUUAAUGCACUUCCAUGUCUAAUUGUGCGUAGCUGAUGAGUGUAUGAUUUCCAUACAGUCACAAUAUCUUUCAUUCAUCUAGUAGAGCUUCGUUUCAAAUGUCAAAUCUACGUCAGCCUCUACAUUCCCAUAUCAAGUCUGCAUAUAAAA